UGUGGCUGGAGCAGCCUCCAAUAAGGUAUUGCUCCCCUUGUGGCUAUGUAUAGUAUUUACGGCUUAUAUGUUUGGUCCUGCUUCAUUUUGGUCUAUGUGUGGGUAGCUUAGAUUCUUAAAAUACGUAGCAAUAUCAUAUUUUGUAGUGGAGUUUAAUUAGACCUAGGCUACAAAGUCCACCAAUGCUCGAGAAACAAAACGAGAAGAUACAGUAUCGUUUUUGUGGCAAUCAACGCAACUCAGUGAAAGUGAAAGUACCGAAUCGACACUUUCAUUUCCCAGGAAGGCAGCGAGGAUUCACAGCAACUGUCAUUCAGAACAUAAGCCUAGACGCUAGACGCUCAGACAACAGGUAUAGAAUGGCGUUCGGUUUUGGCGCGGCCCAACUGGAAAGGUCAAUUCGUGAUCCCAUAACCUCAAAUUUCGGUUGUGUCACUUUAGCUGGGCCUAGCCCUGCUCAGAAAUCCAAACCAACUUAAAAAAGUUACAGGUUCCUCUGACUCUGGAGAUAACCUGGAAUCAACCUUCCCGGAGUUGUUAGUGAAGUCUUUGAGAGAUAUUCAGUGGACGGAUGACCACAAGCAAGAGCUGAUGUCGAAGAUCAGUUUGUACAAAACCAGCAGCGGGGCGCCAGCCCGCGUGCUCCUCCUCGGUCCCGUGGGUUCUGGGAAGUCCAGCUUCAUCAGCUCGGUCCAGUCUCUCUUCUCAGGAAGGGUCCUGAACCAUGCCAUGGUGGGCUCAUCUACGGCCGGAUUCACCAAGAAGCUGCAGUCCUUCACUAUCCAGGGUAAGAAAGGGGAGUUGCCUACGGCACUAACCAUGUGUGAUGUCAUGGGUCUGGGAGAGGGGGAAGGCACCGGAAUCAGUUUCUAUGACAUCCUGGCUGUCAUCAAAGGCCACACCCCCGAAGGACACAAGUUCAGCCCCAGCCAUCCGCUGCACCCGAGCACCGCGGGCUAUCUGGAGGAGCCCAGCCUUGCAGACAGGGUGCACUGCGUUGUGUUUGUGUUGGACGCCUCCCGGCUGGCCUCCUACUGCAGGGGCCUCAGAGGAACCUUCCAGCAGCUCCGCGAUCACAUCAGUGAACUGGGGGUUCACCAGGUGACGCUGUUAACACACAUCGACAAGGUGUGUGCUAUGACAGCAAGGGACGUGAAGAAUGUAUACGAGAGCCCAACCGUCCAGCAAAUGAUGUCCAAGGCAGGGGAGAUGCUGGGUAUGUCCACCUCCUCCAUCAUGCCGGUGAAGAACUACUCCAGUGAGCUGAAGCUGGACAGCAACACAGACACCCUCCUGCUGUCGGCCGUAGAUCUAAUCCUGGAGUACGCCGACCUGUACUUCCAGGCCCAGGCCAGUGAGGGCCCCAAGAAAACUGAAAUAAUUCAGAGCACCACAUCGUGGAAUAUGGCUCCACUCAUGGGAUAGAGAGAAAAUGCCUUCCUUUAAUUUUUAAGUUUAUAAUAUUCUUGCUAAUUGUUUUAAAGGGUUUUUGUAACUUUUUUAGUAAUUUUUAUAUCAAAUACCAGGGAUUAAUAAAGUGCAUCUUAUAUUACAAGUAUGACGACAAUAAGAAUAAUGAGGAAGCUUAUUGUGUUUUUUCCGACAGUACCUGAAUUUGUGAUGUAAUUAAUGGGAAACAACAGAGUAAAACUUGGCAGCAGUCUUCAGUUAUGUGUGUUAUUCAGUGUGUGUAUGGCCACUCUCUGGCAAUUCUGUGCUUGAAUUUGUGGGUUUUAUUUGCAUCAUUU